AUGGAUACCGAAAAAGGUUAUCCCAGAGGUUUCAGAGCGGACAGUAUACGACAAGAAACAGGUCGCAUAAGUUUUCGGUCAGAUAGUAUGCAGACCGAUGAAGCAGCAGCCGAGCUAUCACAAGGCCAGGUAGGACAAGAGAACUCGACCUAUCUUGUCCUCUUCAAGAACAUAGACAGUGGAAACUUAGAAGCCACGAAAGAGUUCUUGGACCGAAACCCAGGGGUUUUGACCGCAAGCUUAACCUCUAACGGAGACACACCAAUCCACAAAGCUGUUUUGUCGGGUCACAUCAACAUCGUGGAAGAGAUCGUAAGACGAAUUCAUGAUCCAGAGCAAGUGUUGAAGAUCAAGAAUGAUAAUGGUUACACUGCGCUUACUUAUGCUGCGACCGGUGGAACUGUGAGAAUAGCAGAGUGUUUGGUGAACAAAUGUCCCGGUUUGGUUAGUGUCCGGAACUCGAAAGAGCAUAUACCAAUCGUGGUGGCUUCUUUGUACGGACACAAGCAUCUUGUUCGGUAUCUUUACAAUCACACACCUCUCAGUGAUCUCGAUCCUGAUGGUUCAGAUGAUCACAAGGGCAAGAACGGAGCGAUGCUUGUGACUAAUUGUAUUGUCGAUGGAUUAUAUGGUAUUGCUUUGGAUUUGAUUCAAAGGUAUCCUAAGCUGGCUUAUACACGAGACAGCGACAACGAUACAGCGAUCAUCGCGCUUGCUCAAACGCCUUGUGCGUUUCCUAGCGGUACCCGUCUUACGUUUUGGCAACAGUGGAUAUAUCAUUGUAUUCACAUAGAGAAAGUUAAUAACUCUCACAAAGUUCUGAAUCAUCAUGAACAUCAAUACAAGAAAGCAGAAGAUCAUAGUCGGAUUCAAGACAAGUUGUGGAAACACCUCAAAAUUCUUUUUCCACGCAUAAGACGUGUAUACAAACUGAAGUUAGGACAUGCUCGAGCCAAAAAGAUACUAGACUGUAUAUGCGGAGAGAUACCAAACUUUGACGCGGCGCAACAAAAGAACACGGGUCUACACCAAGCUCUGUUUAAGGCGGUAGAGAAUGGUAUUGUAGAGUAUAUCGACGAAGUAAUGAGGCAUUAUCCUGAUAUCGUAUGGCUCAAAGAUAAUUAUGGUCUUAACCUCUUCUUCUACGCGGUAAGCCAGCGACAAGAGAAGAUCUUUAGCCUCAUAUACAAUAUGGGUGCUAAGAAGAACAUCCUGGCUACAGCUUGGGACAAACUCCAUAACAAUAUGCUUCAUCAUGCGGCUUAUCGAGCCCCGGCUUCGCGACUUAACCUUAUCCCCGGUGCAGCUCUUCAGAUGCAAAGGGAACUACAAUGGUUUAAGGAAGUGGAGAGCUUAGUGCAACCAAAGCAUCGAAAGAUGGUUAACUUGAAGCAGAAGAAAACUCCAAAGGCUCUGUUUACAGACCAACACAAGGAACUCGUGGAGCAAGGAGAGAAAUGGAUGAAAGACACAGCGGCUUCUUGCACAGUCGUGGCAGCUCUAAUUACUACAAUGAUGUUUUCAUCGGCGUUUACUGUCCCUGGAGGUUACCGCUCGGACAAUGGCUUGCCACUCUACAUGCACCAGAACAUUUUCAAGAUUUUCAUCAUCUCCGAUGCUAUCUCUCUAUUUACCUCGUGCAUGUCUCUCCUCAUGUUCCUCGGCAUUCUCAAGUCUCGUUACCGUGAAGAGGACUUUCUUCGAUCACUUCCGACGAAACUGAUCGUGGGUCUUUUGUCUUUGUUUCUCUCGAUGGCGACGAUGAUGGUGACUUUUGUCGUAACGCUCAUGACUCUGGUUGGAGAUAAAAUUUCUUGGGUUUUGGCUCAGUUUAUGUUGCUCGCAGUGAUUCCGCUGGGGAUGUUCGUUGUUCUUCAGUUCCCGGUGUUACUUGAGAUCUUCUGCUCGACUUAUUUCCCUAAAGUUUUCGAAAAACCUCGUCAGUCUUCGGCGAAUGUUUAAACUUUG